AUGUUCUCUCUUAGAACCAUUGUCGCUGGUGCGACUAUCGCCUUGGCUGGCAUGGCCCAGGCCACCCACAUCGACUACCCACCUUGUCUUGACCCUUUUCAGCCCUAUGUUUCAUCUGGAUGUUACAUGGAUGGUGUUGAGGGCCAUAUGGGUGGUGCACUCAUCUACCGCUCCGGUCAGAACCAGUACAAUAUGACUGUCGAGAAGUGUGUUGCCGAGUGCAAGGGUAACGGCUUCCGGUAUGCUGGUCUCAAGUACUAUGGUGUUUGUUACUGCGGUUCCACCGUUGGUGGCAUUCAGCUUCCUGAUAGCCAGUGCAACUAUCCCUGCACUGGUGAUAAAACCGAAACUUGCGGUAGUGACAACGCCUUCUCCAUCUGGCAGGAUCCCACUUUCAAGCUCACCAACCUUGGAGGAGUUGUUACUCAACUCCAAGGAACUGUCCAGUCUAUCGCCGGUUAUAAGCCCAACGGUUGCUACACUGACAACUCCUCAAAGGGCCGCGCCCUGACAUGGCCCAUGGAUAUUGAUGGUUCUCAGAUGACCCCCACCAGUUGCUUGACUGCCUGCGCUGACCAGGGCUUCCCUUUCGCUGGUCUUGAAUAUGGUGGUGAAUGCUACUGCGGUAAUGUCCUGGCUAACGACACUGUCAAGGCAGAUGUUGGUGACUGCAAUGUUCCUUGCAACGGUGACAAGACCCUGCUCUGCGGUGGACCUAGUCGUUUGAGUGUCUAUGUCGCUGAGGAUCUGCUUUCUCUUCAGCCAUGUGGCUGGAAGCCCAGCAACUCUGCCUCUGCCUCGGCUUCCGUUUCUCUCUGGUCAUCUACCUCUACCACUUCCGCUACCACCUCAAAUAUUGCUACUUCCAGCUCUUCAACCACUAUUCCUGUCGUUAACUCCGGAUCGAGUGUCACCAGCUCUUCCACAACCUUGAGCACUUUGACUAGCACUACUGGAAAUGGACAGUCUUCUACCACGGGUCAACCUUCUGGUCCUUCUGGUCCUUCUGGUCCUUCUGGUCCUUCUGGUCCUUCUGUUCCUUCUUCCACCACCAACAAACCUCCGGGCCCCUCCAACCCUUCGUCCACCAACGGUAAUGGCCAGUCUACCACCAACAAGCCUUCCACUACAACCACUACGUCCUGCAGUACCACUACUGGUCCUGCUAUGUGUACUUCCACCGUUGUCGUGCCCAACACCUGCGAGUACAAGUGUGGUAACUGGUGUGCGCCGUCUGUCCCUGACUUCCAGGAUCAAAACAGUUGCCAGACCGCCUACAACAACUGCGCCAAGAACAUUGCUGCUUGCUUCCAGAACGCUGGCUGGCCCGGCGCUCUGAACUGCUUCGACUUCUCCAAGUGGUGUGAUGGUGUCCAGGGCUAUUGUGCUUCUUCCUGCUCCCGUGGUCGUAGCUGCAACAAGCUUGGCUGCAUCAAGAACAACGCUCCCACUGGCGGAAACAGUGCCUCGACUACCACCAGCGUGUAUCCCUGCGCCGUCACCAGCACUUCCACCACUUCUUCGGCUGCUGUCACCUCUUGUGCUCCUCAGCCCACCAACAUUUGCCAGCAGCCCAGCUCCAACAUCUGGGGCUACGGUCCCGGCAACCCUGUCGGUGGUAUUGAGCUGCCUCUUGUUGCCUGUAACGACUUGAAGAGCGACUUUUCUCAGAACCCUUUCAAGCUUUACACCAAUACCAACUCCAAUUCUUGCUCUUCUUAUCGCCGCAACCAGCAGUCCAGCGCUUGUGCCGACGCCUGCAAGGCUCAGUACAACGCUUGUGUCGGUACAUAUGUCCAGAGCUGCAAGAAGCUUAACACUCGCAGUGAUAACAGCAACUACUUCGACAAGCGAUCUCACUCCCACUUCCACAAGCGCGCCCUCGAGAAGUCUGGCAUUGAGCCUCGCUUCUUCAACCUAUUCGGUAACGACCAGUGGCAGAGCGCUCAGAAUAAGUGCUCCAUCCAGUAUGCUGACUGUCUCUGGGAGAACGCCAAUGUCAAUUUCAGCAGCCGCUGCCAGAACUUCGGCACUGGUAUGUAA